UUUAACUGGCGCGGGCGUUUACUUAACAGCGGUAGGCGCUAAACAAUUGCGUUCUGAACGCUUGAAUUCUGACCCCUUUGGCGGUCCAUAGAGAAGAGGAAGGGCUCGACGUCAGUACAGUUGCCUACCAAGUUCUCGAAUUUUCGGUUUCCUUAUAGAUUCCAGGUAUGGCUGAAGCCCAUCAGGCCGUGGCCUUCCAGUUCACGGUGACUCCAGAGGGCAUCGACCUGCAGCUGUCUCACCAGGCCCUGACCGAGAUCUACCUCUCAGUCCUGCGCUCCUGGAAGAAGAGGUUAAUCCGCCUCAAGAACAGUGUGAUAACGGGUGUGUACCCGGCCAGCCCCUCUUCCUGGCUCUUUGUGGUCAUCGCCAUCCUGGCCACCAUGUACACGCGCUCCGACCCGUCCAUGGGUCUCAUCGCCAAGAUCCAGGAGCACCUACCCGUCAGUCAUUCUCUGAGCGCCCAGUGCCAGACGGUAUUGUCGGCCGUGCUGUUCAGCACGAUGCUCUGGCUCUCCCUCAUCUUCACCAUGCGCAUGUGCCUCAAGCAGCUGCUCUCAUACCACCGCUGGAUGUUCGAGCCGCGCGGCAAGAUGACCAACACCACCAAAGUCUGGCUGACCCUGGUGCGCAUCUUCUCGGGCAGACAGCCUCUGCUCUACAGCUACCAGGGUUCUCUGCCAAACCUGCCCGUGCCUGCUGUCAAGGACACCAUAAAGAGGUAUCUUGAGUCAGUGCAGCCGCUGAAGAACCCGGAAGAGUUUGAGCGCAUGACCUCGCUGGCUGCGAACUUUGAGAGCUGCUUAGGGAACCGGCUACAGUGGUACCUGAAACUCAAGGCUCUCUGGGCCUCCAAUUACGUGAGUGACUGGUGGGAAGAGUACAUCUACCUGCGGGGGCGUGGCCCCAUCAUGGUCAACAGCAACUACUAUGGCAUGGACUUCUUGUAUGUGACCCCCACGCCCCUCCAGGCAGCCAGGGCAGGCAACACCCUCCACGCUGCAUUCAUGUAUCGCCGGAAGCUCAACAAAGAGGAGGUCAAACCUUGGUUGUUGAUGUCUUCGGCUCCUUGCUGUUCCUAUCAGUUUGAAAGGAUGUUUGACUCUUGUCGAAUUCCCGGGACUAUCACAGACUCCGUUCAGCACUGGCAGGACAGUGACUACGUGGCGGUCUACCACCGGGGGCGCUACUUCCGCCUGCGCAUGUACUCAGCGGGCCGGCUUCUGUCCCCGAGGGAGGUCGAGUCGCAGGUCCAGAAGAUCCUGGACGACCCCUCGUCCCCCUCCCCGGGCGAGGAGAAGUUGGGGGCACUGACAGCUGGAGACAGAAUUCCUUGGGCUAAGGCGAGGAAGGAAUACUUCAGCUCAGGCCUAAACAAGCGUUCGCUUGACUGCAUCGAGAAAGCGGCAUUCUUUGUGACCUUGGACGACGACGAGCAAGGUAUGAUGGGAGAAGACCCGGCCGCUAGUCUGGACCGCUACGCCAAGUCCCUGCUGCACGGGAAGUGUUACGACAGGUGGUUCGACAAGUCUUUUUCUGUGGUGAUCUAUAAAAACGGGAAGAACGGAUUGAAUGCUGAGCACUCGUGGGCCGACGCGCCGGUCGUUGCACACUUGUGGGAGUAUGUGUUGGCCACAGACAGUUUCCAGCUUGGGUACAAUGAAGAAGGCCACUGUAAGGGGGAGGUGGACUCAUCUCUAGCCCGACCUCAGAGACUGUCCUGGGACAUCCCUCCAGAGUGUCAGGAGAAGAUCGCCCAGUCUCUGUCCAUUGCCCAGGCCCUGGCCGACGACGUGGACUUCCACGUCUUCUCCUUCCGGGACUUUGGCAAGGGCAUGAUCAAGAAGUUCCGCAUCAGCCCAGAUGCCUUCAUCCAGCUGGUCCUUCAGCUGGCCUACUACAGGGACCGGGGCGCGUUCUGCCUGACCUAUGAGGCCUCGAUGACCCGUCUGUUCCGAGAAGGCCGGACGGAGACCGUGCGCUCCUGCUCCAACGAAAGCUGUGCUUUCAUCAGAGCCCUGGAGGGAGGGGAGGGAGCAGAGGUGUGCAGGAGGCUGUUACGCCAAGCCUCAGAAAAGCAUCAGAGCCUGUACCGCCACGCCAUGACCGGCGCCGGCAUCGACAGGCACCUCUUUUGUCUCUACGUGGUCUCCAAAUACCUCGGCGUGGAAUCCCCCUUCCUGAACGAGGUGCUGUCAGAGCCGUGGCGGCUCUCCACCAGUCAGACUCCCGUCCAGCAGGUGGAGCUGUUUGACCUGGUCAACCACCCAGAGUACGUCUCCUGCGGUGGAGGCUUUGGCCCGGUGGCUGACGAUGGAUACGGGGUGUCCUACAGCAUUGUGGGAGAGAACAUGAUCAACUUCCACAUCUCCUGCAAGCACUCAUGCCCACAGACUGAUUCCCACAAGUACGGAGGUCUGAUUAGACAAGCGCUGCUGGAUCUGCAGCUGCUCUUCUGCCCAGACCAAAAAGAUCCUUCUAAAGCAGACCUGAGGCAGACCAAGAAGGACAUGUAGAACUGAGAACCAGCACAACCAAGGGGGAUCACUGAUGAAAAAGGGAAGGAGAAUAAGGGGUUGUAAAACAAAGGGGAUAGCAAGGUUUUCGAAGGAUGUUGUAGAACGUUUGGAUGACGUUGUCAAGAGGUAGCACAUAGGCAGAGACUGCUGUUGAUUGAGUGGUCUUUCGGAUGUUUGGUUUGGAAUGGAAGGAUCAGUAUCUGUAGAAAAACAAAUUAGAUGAAGAGCAUAAGGGACUCAUUUUCUUCCCCAACAUGAUUUAGAAAAUGGCCAAGGAGGGAGAUUGAUAUACAGUCCGAGCCUUCAAUUUCUUUGUUUAAUUUCCAUUUGUACAUGAGUUUUGGGCUCACUUUGAAUAGUGGUUACAAAGAGAGUAAUUAGAUACUCAUGAUACCUUUUGUCACUCCUGAGUGACAUUCACGAUUUUAGUUUUUAUAAAUAGCUACAUCCAUUUUAGUAUGACAGGAUUAGCCCCAAUUUGAGUUUAGAAAUGUUAUGCAUAAUAUUAUUGGUUAUUACACAAACUGCAAACAGGCCUAAUUUGUUACUCUGUAACUAAUAGAGCUAAACUGUGGUUACAUUGUUCCUGCCUAUAUUUAGCUACCAAAAGUUUUUACAGACACUGAAGUUGGACCUAACUUCCAAAGCAUUAUUUACUUGAAUGCCGUGCCCGAACCAUUUCCAAGACUUUGGAACACCAAUGAGAAACCCAAAUGAUUGUUUGUAGAGCUGUAUGAAUUGCAAAAUCAUGUGACAAUGGAAUAAUUAUUUUUAAAUCUUAUCCAGAAUCUGAAGCUGCACAAAAUAAUGGAGAAAAGACCAAAUGUUGUGAAUAAAUCUGACAUGGAAAGAAAAACCGAAUGUAAAAAAGUAAAUUUAUAGUCCAUGCAUUUCACAUGUUUUUUUUAUAUAACACACAGCCCUACAAAACUUCAUUAUUACAUGGCUAUGUCCAUAUAUUUUCUCCUACCAUUGGUUCAAAAGGCACAACAAUGCAAAUUCAAUGACAUUUGUUUUACACAAUUGUACACGUUUUCUCCUCAGGUACAAAAAGUCAGUAAAGAUGGGGCAAAUGCUAUUCCUGUAGCACUACAGGAGUGCAUCACUGAACACAGCAGUGUCUUUACUGACAUCAUCAUGGCCACUAUUUUAGGAGGACUGCCCUUCGUCAUUAAAACCAAAAUGAGGGCAUUUCCCAUUUUAACAUUUUGAACGAUGAACCUCAAAAUUUAAAGGGACAAAAAUCUGUGGACCUUGACCCAAGGGUUCUCUAGCUGAACAUUUGUUCAUGUUUUACUCUGGUUUGCAGAGUAACCUGUGAUUGUGGUGUACUGCGAUGGUUCCCAACACCGGUCCUCCAGUACCCCCAACAGCACACGUUGUAUUCCUGGACAAGCACACCCAAUUCAACUCAACGUGAGCCUGAUAAUUAGUUGACAAGUUGAGCCGGCUGAGGCUACAAUGGGAAUGUGUACUGUCCGGGGUAUCCGAGGACCCAAGUUGGGAACUGCUCAUGUGCUGUAUAUUGCCAGUGAGAAUGGCUGAUCGUUACUGCAGUAUGCGUGAUGCCUUUACUGUAUAUGGUGGUGAAAUGACUUUGUUUACUCUCCCCUCACGCCGUCUCGCGCAGAUUAUUCUAACCCUUAUAAAUGCAAUAGGUCAACUUAAACCACUCUCGUUUUUAUAUUGAUCGUAGGAAUUAUUUCCUUUUUAAAUAAAUUAUUGUAGUUGAGUAUCCAUUUCACUAAUAUUCCCGGCAAUGUUGGAUUUGUUUGGCAGGCCAAAUAUUAUUUUCCUCUAUCAGUAUUCAAAUAUAAAUGUUAUCUUUCCAUGGCAGGGUGUGAUAGAGUAGCAUUGCUGUUUUUGAGUUCACCAAGUCAUUUUACUACCAUGAUAUUAUGAAGCCAACAUGAUAACAAUGCAAGAUGAGAACUUAUUUUUCUGAUUAAGUGCUAAUAGUCUAGUGAACACCGUGAGCUUGAGUCUGGAGAUUUGCAUUAGUGCACUUGUAUUUUCUUCCUGGAUCUGUGUAUUAAUCUACGGAGUUAGGACCACUCCACCAGAGCCCGGUUUCCCAAACCCAUUAAAACCCUUGUAUGAGGAUUGUUCUUUCUCAAAGCGCUUACCUGAAACUGUUGAUACACAAGUUGCACUUAUAAAAUGCUUUUCAAAGAACGGCUAGUGUCACCAUAUGCGUUUCACUCUUUGUCCUAUAAAGGUAAAAAAAAAUGGGGUAUUAAUCUAUUGACUGCAAAUAACUUGUCAACUUUAAAAGUAUAGGUUAUCCAUUAAGCUAUUUUUUUGCUGAUUAUAGGUAGCUUUUUUGCCUUAAUGCAUUUUCUGGAUUGUUUUAUUAUUGCACCUCAAUAUUUGCAGCCAUAGAAACUACGAGAGCAGCUCUGCCUGUUUUAUAAUCGUUUUGUCAACAAAUUCUUUCCAAGACACACUUAAUGAAUAAUCUCUUUUCAUGGUGUUUUGAAAAAUGCAUUUUACAUAUCUGGUCGUUGUAGUAAAGAUGUUAAAAGGCUCCAUAGCUUUUGGAAAGCCGGGCUCCCAGUACUCGUUUUUGUUAUUUUGUUACUAAUGUAACAAUUCCUGGUAUAAACUACUCGUUUUGCCUUCAUUCUAUGUACGUACAGAAUGUUUAGCGUACUAUGUAUAUACAGUACAUUAGUACUCCUUUUCUUUGCCUAUUGUUUUAUUUUCUCACUCCAGAUCAGUUACUGAGCAGCUGAACGUGUGUCACAAUGUCCUCAAGUCUUCUGUCAGCUUCUUUUUUAGUAAAAGUGUAAUGGAAAAACUAAUGUAUGAAUUUCCUGUUUAUUAAAGAGACUGUUGUUUCA